CACCUCAUGGGUGGGAAUAAGGCCGGCGUGCAUCAUCCCCUAGCUGCUGCGACCAGCGGAGCCUGCGCAACCAUCGCCAGCGAUGCGCUCAUGAAUCCCUUUGAUGUCAUCAAGCAGAGAAUGCAGAUUCAGAACUCCACCAAGAUGUACCGAUCCAUGACCGACUGCGCAAAAUACGUCUACAAGACUGAGGGUCUGGGCGCAUUCUACGUCUCCUACCCGACCACGCUUUCCAUGACCGUCCCCUUCACCGCGCUCCAGUUUCUUGCCUACGAGUCGAUAUCGACAACCAUGAACCCUUCCAAAAAGUACGAUCCUUUCACCCACUGCGUCGCUGGCGCUGUGGCUGGUGGUUUUGCGGCUGGCCUGACCACACCCAUGGAUGUGAUCAAGACCAUGUUGCAGACAAGGGGUACCGCAUCGGAUGCGGAGCUCAGGACAGUGAACGGCUUCGUGGCUGGCUGCAGGUUGUUGUAUCGAAGAGAGGGUUUCAAGGGAUUCUUUAAAGGAAUCCGGCCCAGAGUGGUCACCACAAUGCCCAGCACAGCCAUCUGCUGGUCGGCAUAUGAGUUUUCCAAGGCGUACUUUAUCCGCCAGAAUGACACGGCCUGAGGGAUAACGCCAGUCACGAUCGGAGCUCUUGCACCAAAAAAAAUGCCUGGGGUACACCAAAUUCCCUUCCCCACCCCCAGGCGGCUCGGUGCCGCCUUUGUGUAGUCCUCCUCCUCCCAGCACCCGCCAUCAGCUGCAGGUCACAAUCUGAUGCUUUGUCAUCGCUUGAAUUUGCGAGGAGCCCGCCCAUAUGAUUACGCCGCUUGGAGGAGCUACCAGUUUUCUCUCUCUUCCCUCCCCAGAGAGAGCAGCGUGUGGAAAUAGCUGAAGAGGCUGUCGCGGGGGAACACCUCGCGAGGCGCAGAUCUUUAAUCUGCUCACAUAGAGCAAGGCCACUCGGCCGAUGUACAUAAAAAUAAAGAUAAAAAAACCCAUUGAAUUACGGAGUGUACGGUCGGACGGGAUAUACGGAAAAUAGAGAAAAGAAGCGCAAGGUAUUCCCUCCCGGGUUUCCUCCC